UGCAACUGAAGCAAACCACAUCUUCUUAUACAAGAUAAGACAUAGAGAGUGAGAGAUCAGGUGAAGCAGAAGAAGAAGGAGACUGAUCUAUCUCCGUGAAAGUCGAAACAAAUGGAUUCUUCUUGGGGUCGAUUUCUACUUCUCAUUCUCUGCAUUCUUCCCGUUAUGGUUGAGUGCAGAGUGAGGCACUACAAAUUCAAUGUAGUUAAGAAGAACUACACAAGGUUAUGUUCAAGCAAAUCCAUAGUUACCAUCAACGGGAAAUUCCCAGGACCUACAAUUUACGCAAGAGAAGAUGACAAUGUAUUGGUCAGAGUUAGCAAUCAUGUCAAUGUUAAUGUUACCAUCCAUUGGCACGGCGUCCGGCAACUGCGAACCGGUUGGUCUGAUGGACCGGCGUACAUCACACAGUGUCCUAUCCAGCCAGGGCAAAGCUAUCUCUACAACUUCACACUCACAGGGCAAAGAGGGACACUCUUUUAUCACGCACAUGUUAACUGGCUAAGGUCAACGGUGCAUGGUGCCGUAGUUAUAUUGCCAAAACGUGAUGUUCCUUAUCCUUUUCCAAAACCAGAUGAUGAACUUGUUGUAGUACUAGGAGAAUGGUGGAAAUCUGAUACUGAAGUUGUCAUCAAUGAAGCUUUGAAAUCAGGAUUGGCACCAAAUGUCUCAGAUGCUCAUACCAUUAAUGGCCUUCCAGGGGCUGUGGCUAAUUGUUCCUCACAAGAAGUGUACAAUCUUCCAGUGGAGAAGGGGAAGACCUACUUGUUAAGACUUGUCAAUGCUGCACUUAAUGAGGAGCUUUUCUUCAAGAUUGCUGGCCAUACUCUCACUGUAGUGGAAGUUGAUGCCUCUUAUGUAAAGCCCUUCAAGAUUGACACAAUCAUUAUAGCUCCAGGCCAAACCACUAACGUCCUCUUAAACGCAGACCAAAAAUCUGGAAAAUACUUAGUUGCAGCUUCUCCUUUCAUGGAUGCUCCAGUAGCUGUAGACAACGUAACUGCUACUGCAACUGUUCAUUACACAGGCAUUAAUUCUGCUGCUACUACAGUUCUCACAAACCCCCCUCCUAAAAAUGCAACACAAGUUGCUAAUAAAUUCAUUGACUCCCUCAAAAGCUUGAAUUCCAAAAAAUACCCAGCAAAAGUCCCUCUGAAGAUUGACCAUUCACUGUUCUUCACUGUUGGAUUAGGAAUUAACCCAUGCCCAUCCUGUAAACCAGCAAAUGGGAGUAGAGUUGUUGCUUCUGUGAACAAUGUGACUUUUGUUAUGCCAACCACUGCCUUACUUCAAGCCCACUAUUUCAACAUCCCUGGGGUUUUCACCACAGAUUUCCCUGCUAAGCCACCUCAUGUGUUUAAUUACACAGGUGCUGGUCCUGCAAGUUUGCAGACUACAAGUGGAACAAGGCUUUACAGGCUUCCUUUUAAUUCCACAGUGCAACUGGUUCUACAAGACACUGGGAUUAUUGCACCAGAAAGCCACCCCAUUCAUCUUCACGGGUUUAAUUUCUUUGUUGUGGGAAGAGGAAUAGGGAAUUAUGACCCUAAAAAUGAUCCUAAGAACUUCAACCUUGUUGACCCUGUUGAGAGGAACACUAUUGGAUUGCCCUCUGGAGGCUGGACUGCUAUUAGAUUCAGAGCGGAUAAUCCAGGAGUGUGGUUCAUGCACUGUCAUUUUGAGGUGCACACGACUUGGGGAUUAAAGAUGGCAUUUUUGGUGGAUAAUGGAAAAGGUCCCAAACAGUCAUUGAUACCACCUCCUAAAGAUCUUCCUAAAUGCUGAUACACCCACUUCCAUAAAUUAAAUAUACAUAGAAACAUAAGUCUCUCCAACUGACAACAGAUGAGUUGGAGGUACAGAGAGAAGAGAAGACAAGAUCCUUUUGAUUUCUUUUUUUUUUUUUUUUAACAAAUGAGAGAACUUGUUCAACCCAAGUUAAAUAAAUUAAUCGAGCCAGCAAUUUGUUGUUCUUACACACACAUUUUUUCCCCUUAUUUUUAGAGAUUCAGAAUUGGAGUCAACAAGUGUAUGCUUUUACUGUAUAAUGAAAUCCAAACGUGAUAUACCUUAUGUUGCUUG